AUGUCGUCCAGCCAGAUUCAUAUGAUCGCAGAAUGCGUCCCCAUACUAUACUGCACCAGAACCUUAUUAUCAUCUCCAUACCUGAAUCUUGCAGCAUCGAGGCCUGUUCACCUGCACACCAAAAAAAGAGUCAGAUCAUUACAGCAUUACCGUCGAUACAACACAGAGACGAAUGGCAGUUACGAUAUCUCUUUCGAUGACAACGCCCUCGGCAGCGGGCAUCUGCUCGGCUCUGAUGGAUUUUUUGGGAACAGUGAACUUUUGCCUCGUCGAAGAUCUACCCUUACCGCCUCUGAGAGAUUGACAUUUCAUCGAAUAGCGACUGGCUCUCGACAUCAACGACAAGAGAAUGAUGAGGAUUGUGACUUAUCGAAUAUAUCUGCAAACGUGAACGAUCCCCAUGAAGAACUUAACAGCAUCUUCGAAGCAGCCAUCGAAUUUCAAGACCAACAAGAAGAUUUUGGGCGCAACUUUGCAAAGGCGCGAGAUCAACCGAAAGCAGUGGAGAGUCUGCGCGAUCAAGAUGAGGCUCCGGUCAAAAGAGAUCAUCUCCGUCCGUCAACGCUCGAAGAUGCAAGAACAAAGCAGGCCCGUAUCAAGCAUGCUUCUAAUUUAGAAGAAAAAUUGCCAACUGCGGUAGUAGCAUAUAGAACUUCGAUCAGGACCAGCUUGGACGAUGCUACCACAGAUGCAGGGGUCUGGGAUGUUUUGGAGACUGAAGUCUUCAGCAUGGUCACACAAAUGACCACACAAAUGGCACGCGAAGAGGAAGAACGAAAGCCUCCAUCUAAACACAGCAGGCGAAAGUCUAAGACCCCUGCCAGUCUCGACACCAUGCAGCAGGACCUUGGGUCAGUGACCAAAGCAGUAUUCUCGCCCUUGACAGCCGGUUCUAUAAUUCUUCCGAGCCGCAGCCUCAUCGCCAUACUUCAAGAGGCUUAUACAUACCUCAACCUCGAAGCCCUUCGUAUUUGGCGUAGCAAAUUUCCCGCAAGCCCCUACACCCUCGCUCUCCUCCCAAAGAUCAAAUCUAUGGGCUCAAUCAGCUACGUCCUGGGCGCAUCCACAAGCCUUUACAGUGAAGUCCUCUACGCAAAGUGGUCGCAGCAACAAGAUCUGUACGGCCUAGCCGAUCUGCUUCAGGAAAUGCAGAACCAAGGGAUUCAGUUUGAUGAGCUCACGAGUGAGAGAUCGGCAGGGAGCCAGGGGGAGGUCAUGAAGAUGUGGUGGAAUUUGAGGGGUGUGAAGGAUAUAUGGACACGAGUCAAUCAGCUCUAUUUGGAAGGAAAGGCAGAGAUGAGGAAAGCGGCCUUGCUGGCAGAAGAGAGCAGCACGGCCGCGACGGAUGACAACCUGUCGUCUGAGCAACAAGGGACCAAUUUGAAAAAAGUGAGCUCGGAAGGCUUUAGGAUCGAACGGGUCUUGUCCGAUCGACAGGUUCCUAAAUUGAAAGAGCGGUUGAGGCUGCAACAUUUUGCCGAGAAAUAG